AUGGAGGACACCAACGUGGGCCACCAAGGCCCGGCCGGACAAGGUGACAUCGCCGGCGAGUCAUCCAAUGCGGGCGGCAGCUCCAGUGAGGGCCUCGCUGCAGAGGAGACGCAGCCCAAUUACCAUCUGCCCGCCACUCUCGAUGUGUCGGAUGGCUCAGGUGGAGAGGAUCGUGACUCCGGCCUGGGGUUCUCGUUUGCAGACUCGACGACAUCCCUAGAGCCAAACCUCUACAGGUUCAUCCAGGAAAAUGGCCGCACAUAUCAUGCCUUCAACUCAGGCAGUAAGACACCCACUGUCCCGCUAGAAGAGCGGCCUGCUGACCAGAUCCCAGAAUACCUCCUGCCCAACGACGAGAUCGAGCAGGAGCGCCUCGACCUGCAGCACCACACCUUCAAGAUCUUCCUCGACGGGAAGCUGCACAUCGCGCCGCUCGUCUACCCACGGCGGGUCCUAGACGUCGGCACGGGGACGGGCAUCUGGGCGAUCGAGAUGGCGCAGGAGUACCCGGGGUCAACAGUGAUCGGCACCGACCUGUCGCCGAUCCAGCCGGCGAUGGUGCCCUCGAACUGCAGCUUCGAGAUCGGCGACGCGGAGGAGGCCGACUGGGGGUUCGACGAGCCCUUCGACUACAUCCACGCGCGGGCAAUGGUGACGUGCUUCAAGGACGGGCGCAGCAUCGUGCAGCACAUCUACGACAACCUGGCGCCGGGCGGCUACUUCGAGCUGCAGGACCCGUGCAUGCCGCUGCGGUGCGACGACGGGUCCAUGGACGGCACGGCGCUGGGCGAGUGGAACCGGCUCAUGGAUGAGGGGAUGCUGCGCAUGGGCAAGGACCUGCGCGGCAACCUCGAGUGGGGCCGCUACAUGCGCGAGGUCGGGUUCGAGGGCGUCGUCGAGAAGCACGCCGCCUGCGCCUUCAACACCUGGCCCCGCGGCGACAAGAACAAGCUCAUCGGCGCCAUGUGCUGCCAGAACCUGCUCGAGGGUGUGCAGAGCAUGUCGCUUGCACUAUUCACGCGGGUGCUGGGCAUGAGUUCUGAGGAGGUGCUGAGCUUUCUGGUCGAUGUGAAGAAGGACCUAAUGAACAGGAAGAUACACUCAUAUUGUGGCGUUUAUUUUGUAUAUGGUAGGAAACCGUUUGAUCAUGGCCUGCCGAGGGAACGGGCAGCUGAAGGGGGAUCUGCUGACGGCUAG